AUGUCCCUGCAAGAGCAAUUUGACCAGGCUGCUGCCAAUGUAAGGAAUCUUAAAUCCCUUCCCAGCGAUGGUGAUUUGCUUGAAUUGUAUGCCCUUUUCAAGCAAGCUACAGUUGGAGAUGCGGACCCUGCCAACAGGCCCGGCAUGUUCGACCUGAAAGGCAAGGCGAAGUUCGACGCGUGGCACAAGAAGAGCGGCAUGUCCAAGGAGGACGCGCAAAAGGCCUACAUCGCGAAAGUCGAGAGUCUAAUCGCGUCGAUCGGGCUGCAG